GCGCUCGCCCCAGCUGGUCCCGUGCCUCCUGUGCCGCUGACUCACGCCGUCUGCUCCGCGUCUCCUCCUACUCCUCCUGCAGCUCGCCCCCUCCCACGCACCCUUCCGCCGCGGUCCCGGGGAAUUUCUUUGUGGCGUCUGCAGCUGUGCACGGUCGCGUAUAUAAGGCCACGGGGCGAUCUUUUUGCCAGCCAAGGCCGCGGCCCGUGCAGUGAACGCUGGGACCUCGCCAUGUGGAGGAGCGCACCCUUGACCGCGCCGGCGCUGCUGCUGCUGCUGGCCGCCGGAUGGCCGCAGUCGCUGGCCGCCCCGGUCGCUGCCGACGACGUCGACGCAGUGCCGCCCGCGUUCGCGCUAGAUUUCAUGAAGCAGUAUGGUUAUCUGGAUCCAAGCUCACAAGUAUCUGAGUCUCUGUACAAAAAUGAAGACAUGGUUGAAGUCAUCAAACAGGUGCAGAGAUUUGGGGCUAUUAACCAAACAGGCAUUCUUGACAAUGCAACACUUCAGUUAAUGAAAUCCCCAAGAUGUGGAGUUCCUGACAUCAAGCAUACCAACAGGACAAGGAGCAAGAGAUAUAUUGUGGGAUCUGAUGGCUGGAAGAAAAGACAUAUUACCUACUUUAUAGCCAACUGGUCUCCUAAGAUUGGUGAAGAAGCAGUUGUUGAACAAGUUCAGCGAGCAUUUAGCACAUGGGCAGGAUAUGCAAGACUAAACUUCUCACUCAUAGCAGAUCCUGCAGCUGAUAUUAUCAUUGCUUUUGGUCGAGGACCUCAUGGUGAUCCAUUUCCUUUUGAUGGGCCAGGCAGUAUACUGGCUCAUGCCUAUUAUCCAUAUGAAAUGGAUCAGUAUGGUGGAGAUGUCCAUUUCGAUGAAGAUGAAAACUGGAAAGUAAAGUUAGAUGGACCUUAUGAUGAUGGGGUGGAUUUCUUCACAGUUGCUGUACAUGAGCUUGGUCAUAGCCUGGGAUUGGCUCACUCCGAUGUGCCCUCCUCGAUUAUGUUUCCAUACUACAAAGGCUUUCAGGAAUCAUUUCAGCUUGGUUAUGAUGAUAUUCUUGCUAUGUAUGACCUAUACAUUUCUCGUAGUCUGGAAGAUGACAAUGAAAUUAAUCCUGGGGUUGUACCUAGUGGUACUGAUGACAGUGACAGUGAAACUCAGGACAGAGAUGAGGAUAGCAACCAUGUCCCAGAUGUGCCAAGCACAGAUGAAAAUAGUUCUGAAGGAGGUGAUGAAACUCAUCAUCCUGUAACUCCCACAGCAGGUAAACCACAGCCAAGGCAGCCAGAUUAUCCCACAAGUACUGGUGUGACAUUUGAAGAUGAUUAUGAGACUGUUGAUGAGCAUCGUGAGCAUGAACGACAUCAGACAACUGAGGCUCCACUUGACAAAUCUGAUCCUUGCCUUGGUAACUAUGAUGCAGUAUCAGUACUUAGAGGUGAACUCUUCUUCUUUAAGGGAGAGAUGAUGUGGAGAAUGUCAGGUCGAGGUUUAAUUCAGCCAGGAUAUCCUGUGAAUUUUCGGCAUAUGUUCUGGAGAUUCCCAAACACUGUUACAAAAAUAGAUGCUGUGUAUCAGAGGGAUACAGACAGCAGCAUAGUUUUCUUCACAGGAAAUAAAUUUUGGGUGUUCAAUGGUGAAACAUUCAUUGAAGGAAGUCCUCAGCCCAUUACAACACUUGGCUUACCUGCAUCUCUUACACAUUUAGAUGCAGCCAUGGUAUGGGGUAAAAAUGGAAAAACAUUCUUUUAUAGUGGCAAUCAGUACUGGAGGUUCAAUGAAACUAUCAAACUGAUGGAUCCAGGCUAUCCUAAGAACAUCAGCAGAUGGAGGGGAGUUCCCCAGAACUUAGAUGCUGCUAUGACAUGGACAGAUGGUCUUACUUACUUCUUCAAGGACAAACUAUUCUGGAGAUUCAACAACAUGCUAAUUAAGACUGAUGACCAGUACCCACUGCCUGCUCCAACAACGUGGUUCGGUUGUCCACCAUAACCAUUAUUUAAAUAUGAUUUAAAUGCAGCUUAAUAUAUUUUGUUGUAUGUAGGAACUAGAACCACUAGUUUCCUCACACUGUUUAUAAGGAUAUGUGUAGUCAGAUUACAUUUUGAAGUAUUACACAUAUUUCUUACACGCAGCUAUAUGUUUGACAGAAGAAAAAUUUCCCAGUAGCUUCUUGUUGUAAUAGUAAGACUCAUAUAAUUCUCAUUGUUAAGAUACAUAUCAUACAAAAGACUGAACUUCUAGAUGUAUAAUUGAUGAUACUGUCAGUAAAGAAUUAAGGACUGUAUUUGCUUACAGGCAGUUUUGUGUAUAGCAUUUUGGCAUUAUAUGAAUGUAAAUGAUGAAGUAGAUGCUUAGCCAUUUUCAGUGUUGUUAUUCCAAACACUUCAUGAGAAUUCUGAAGUGUGUGUCAAAAAUUUGAAGGCAUCAUUCAUGAAGAAUGUGCUAAUUCAAAAGAUAUAUUUCAGCAUCCUGGUCCUUAUCUCUCUUUAUGGAUAACUGCAAGAAACAAACACAAGUAAAGUUGGAACAUUAGAGGUGAGACAGUGCUGGAGAUUAUUUCUGAAGUUCAUAUUCAAUAGAAAAAAUUCACAAGCUCAUCUUAUUGUAGGGCAGUUUAUAAAAAAAAGAUUAUAAUUCUAAAGUGUAAAAUUAAAAACACCUUCAACCCUCUAUACUAUGAAUAUAAUUUGUUUAUGCAACCAGUUUUGGUGUUUCAUGACACCAUCUCUAGGCCCCCUGACCAAUGUGUAGGAGGAAUCCAACCUCAUAUGCAGCUGAAAUGGGGGCCAAUAUUAAGUACCUGAUAUCCAUGGAUUUCUAGUUUCAACAACAUGAUACCUUCAUUUAUCAGUUGAGUCUUCAAGUUGUUUUUAAUUUUACAUUUUAUAUUGAACUGUCAAAAUCUCUCAGCUAUGUUGUACAAAGAUGCACUUAUCUAUUCCCAUUCCAUAUACAAGAAAUAUAACAUAGCAUCUAACGAACUAGUCUUGUGGAUGAAUAGUGACGUAUUGUCGUCAAAUACUAAAUUGUUUGUAUUUGUUACAGCAUGUAAACAGACCAGUGUAAUUCCUAAGGCAACUUUGUUUUGACAAAAAACAUUUCUGACAACAGACAUGAAACUCAUUCAGUGUUAUAGAAAAUUAGAAUCCAUUUCCACAAAAUAUUACAGGAGCUGGAUGUGGCUGUUGUUUAAUUGUUGUUAAAUGUAAUGUGAAAUGACAUUCUUUUCAUUGUGUCUCUGGAAAAUACAAACUAAAAUCAAACAAAUAUAUAGGCGUAGUCAGUAUUCCUACAUGGUAAGGAUUACAUUCUAAUAUCUGUGUUUAGUUGUAAGACAAAAGUCUUAGGAGGAAGUAGUGUAAAUGUAAGUGUAGUAUAGCAAACAUGUCAGCUGUAUUGCAGCUAGUUACUGUCCACUGUGUGUGAUUGAACUGCAGUAUUCUGAAACAUUAACUGUAUUUGUACUUAGGCAACUACUUUACAGUCAUUGUAUGAUUCACUUUAUGGUUUAGGUAAUGCUGUGUAUCUUAGAGCCAUUGUUUUUUUAUAUCUGAUGUAACACUACAGCUAAGUUUGCAAGAUAUUUGUAAGAAAUCAAUGUUCUUUUUAAAUUAUAAAUUUACUUAUGAUCUGACUGAAAAGCAUUGAGAAAAAUAAAUACACAAUAGUUUAUCAACAGCAAUAGAUGAACUAGUGGAAGCAGAGAAUGACCACACAGUCUUGGACAGCAUUAAAGCAUAUUGAUAAACCACUGUGUAUUUGUUCUAGACAUAGUUGUAAAUUAAGUCCUGAUUUUAUAUUAUUAUUAUAUUAUUAUGUGAAUUAAGGGAUGUGGUGAUAUUUUCAAAUUUAUAUCAAUGGGUGACUGUAGCAAAUGAAGAUAAUUUUAAUAAAUAAAACUACACAUUGAUCUUGCCAAAAGCUGAGAAGUGACUUAUUCUUCUGUAGCUUCUUCGGGUCUUAAACACAGUAUCCUGGCCUCCUCUGGGUGCUCAAUACAUAAUGAUGAACAUUGAUGGCCUUUACAUUAAUGACCAAUCUCUGUCACACACUCCACAAAUGAUUUAUCUUUGAGGAUGGGAUAAGUGUGCUGAUAGCAUAAGCAAUGUGCAGUCUACCCCUGCUUGUUACUGAGCCUCUGUCUGAUGUAACCAACUGCACUGACAAUCAUGGCACUACAUGUGUAUUUAGUUGCUACCAUUAACAUCACCUAUCAGUAACUGUUUUGUGUUCCUGCUGUCUGUCAUGGUGUGAAAUUUGAUAUUUCUUUGACACAUACUGAUGUUCAUGGGGAUCAAUAUUGGGUUGCUACAGUUGUUGUUCAUGUAGAUAAAGACAAUACCAAAAGUGUUACCACAAUGUUGAACUAUCCAUCUUGAGAUGUCAUCACCUACAAGAUUUUAAUGCUAUCCGAGACUGUAUGAUCAUUUCCUGUCUCUGCUAGUUCAUCUGCUGCUGUUGAUAAACCAUUGUGUAUUUGUUAGAUGUAGAUGUAGAUUAAGACCUGAUGAAAUGUUAUAGAUUAAAGAACAUGAUUAUAUUGCCAGAUUUACAGUAAUAAAGGGUUGUACAAAUAUCAAGAAUAAAAAUAUGAAUAAUGA